GCUCUGUUGUUGAUAGAUCAUGUGACUUUGUGUGUGUGUGUGAAUGUGUGUGUCUGUGUUCCACCCAUGUCAUGUGAUCUGAGCUCCGGGCUGGGUCUGAGAAGUGCUGAGUCGCUGUGAGAGGUUUCUUCCACCGAGGGAACAGUCAGACAGUGAGCAUGCAGGCAGAGAGAGAAGAUGGAGGGCCAGGCAGGGGGAUGGAUGGAUGGAUGGAUGGAUGGAUGGAUGCCGGACAGCGAAGACAUGUGCAAGGGAGUCAGACAUGGCAGAAAAUAUCCAGUUGCCUUUUCAUACAAUGACAAGAAAGCACUGGUCUUAUUCUGUCAUUUCCCUCUUUGUUUCUUGGAUGGAUGUUAAAAAGCAGCUGAGUUAAGAUGCCAGCCUACAUUUUCAAUCAAAUCAACUUUUUUGUGGCAAGGCAAGUUUGCACUUUUUCCUUUUUCAUUUUGAUGUGUUUAGUAGGAGCUCAUGGAAGGAAAGUUGCAUGUCAGAAUGACUUAGCUGUACCUUGUGAUGUCUAAACUCAAACCUGAACAACUACUUUCAUGCUCUCAUACUGGAGUUUAAAAGGAAUCCUGGAUCGAGCUUGAAUGCAUUCACAAUGAAGUGUGUGGCUAAAGCGCUUGUUGAGAUGAUUUCCAUUGCAGUAGAAAUAUUUUCAGUUCCUUGAAUACCAAUGUGACACGUAGCUAUUGAGUAAGAGGCAUCACUGACCAGUUUAAACCCUGUAACCCUGUCAUCUGAUUUUCUUGAUACAUUGCAAGGAUCUACUAGAAUUUUUUUAAUCAAAUAUUUUAUUGAAAUUGUAGUAACUCAGUCUUUAACUAUUAGUACUCUAGCUGAGCAGCAACAAGGCAGCCAUGUGUUUGCAGAUACCAACAAGUCCUGUUUAACUUGUUUGAGUCAACGUAACCUGCAACUUCUGCCUUUAAGACUUGACUCCCAUCUUGUUUGAUAAACUCGUGGUUGAAGUCUGUUUGAGGCCAUGUUUCACAAGUAAAUGCACUCAUUGUAGGAUGUUCUCUUUUUAAUGUUAUGAUGAAAUAACUGAAAGAAGGGAAAUUGAAAAUUACCAAUAUAAGGGAAUGCAUUAAAGAUAGAACGAUCAAAACUCUGCAAUGAGAGUUUAAUGCCCAUGCUAAUCCAUUCUAACAUGUAUGCAUUUGUUACCCUAAUCCCAGAUCAUUUUGUUGAUCAAGUGAAAAGAAACAGAUACAGCAAACUGUACAGGACACUCUGACAGUCUUUUUAGCCCACCCCCUCUUUAAUUGUUCUGCUGGUAAACUGAUUCUGACUGUGAUAAAUAGAUUACAAAACUCUGAUGUGUUACAAUUUUUAACUAAUUGCAGAAUAACUGGUGUCAGUUCAACUGUGAAAUAACAGCAGAUAGUUCAGCUCAUGUACACACCUUUGUUUGUUUUCUGUGCCAGAGAGCAAAGGGCAAGAACGAUUCAAAAACACUAAGAGGAAGAAAGAAAAGGAAAGAAAAGGUUAUUGAUUUGUUUAAAGUACUGAUCCUGGUAUAAUAUAGUGACUGUCUGCUCUUCCCUAAUUUACCAUGGCUCAGGAGCAUCACAUAUCAAUCAGAUGAUCUAUUUAGUGUGCGCCGUGGUGAUGGAACUGUACCCUUGCAUGCAUGAGAUCUGAAUUAACCAUGUAAAAGCAUGACUGAUUUAAGAGCUUUAGCAUAUAAUGCAAACAUAGACAGCAUAUGAGAUAGAUAAACAAUGGCCUUCUCUUUGCUGACUGUGCACCUAUUUUGGGCUAAAAUGGGAUAAAAAGUAAACAGAAGGCUGCUUUUUAAACAUAUAACUUCAUUAAAUACUUCUUAUAUGACAAUACAAUAAUCAACAGACUCCAGUGCUGACUACUGUCUGCUUGGCUGUGAAUCUCUGCUGCAUGUGCUGCAUUCAGCAAAAGGAAUAUGUUAAACUAUAGAGCUGUGUUCAGGGGCUGAAAGUAACUAAAAUUUAUUAUACAUAUGUUAUACAUUUAUUCAAAUUACUGUUAUUCAGUGACUUUUUUAUGUAUUUGUACCUUUUAUGUACAUUUUGAAAUCAGUAAUUUUACUUAAGUGUACAUUGGGGAAGUACUGUACUUCAUUACAUUUUUAAAAGUAUCAAUUACUGAGUAAAACAAACUAAAACUAUAAAGUCAAAAUGAGGAGGUCAGCUUUCUGUAAAAAAACUAAACAAAACAUAAAAUUGGGCAGUUGUUGGCUUUCAUUACACAUGAUGAUCAGCAGCACAUUGCAAGAGAAUGAUCCCACUUUACAUCCAAAAACAACUGUUGCAUAUCACUUUGUGAUAAAGCUGUGACUCCCUGAAAACCCAAGUAGGAGAUCCAUAUUCUCAUAUUUUUAUUAUCAUUAAGGAAAGUUCAUAAUUUACUGUACAUCUUCUCUGUGGUUACUCAGUACUUUGACUAAUUUGUAUUUAAAUGCUUUUUACUUAUACAGGAGUAGAUUUAUUGGUCAGUUCUUUGACUUCUACUUAAGUACAUUUAACAUAAGCAACUGUACUUUUACUUGAGUACAAUAGUUUUUUUUACUUUUCCAUCUUUGCCAAUGUUUCCCAAACUGCCUUUCAGGGCCCGUUUUCCAUUAUUUGUCUGCUCCAUCGAUCAUUGAUCUGGUUAAUUAUGCAUUAAUUAAUGCUUUUUGCACUUUGAGACAGUUUCUAUACCAUAAUGCAAUUUUUAAUACUAGCCAGUAUGAGAUAUGGUUGAUAAAAGCAUCAACUCUUUGUUUUCUGUAAGUUGUUGCUUAUUCAGCCCCCCUUUGUGCCAUCCUCGGCUGGAGGUUUAGCUGAUUUAGCUGAUUGCUGGAUCUAGCUUGGAAAACUUUAAUACUGGACUCACUCUGGUCUUGACCUGGUGCUUUCUGUUUAACAAGGCUGGAGGGGGCCACUUCACCCCCAUCACAUAGGCUCUCUGCAUAUUUGGCCCCUUGGGUCUUCAAUAGCUGUCUGGUCUGAAACAAUGUGUUUUCUUUUAUUUGCCAAGCAUCCAUGACUGUAACUGUAGCUCUUCUGCCAUCCAGUGACUGAUGGAUUCUUGUUUAGUGUUUUAUAAUGGUGGAGAGUGUGAGUGUCAUAGUGUGGAGCUCCCUGUGUGGUUAUAGUGUGUACUGCAGACAUAGAUGUCAGAUUAUACACUUUAGGGAAGAAAUCUUGAAGACUCAUUUGGUAACCCCAAAAAAACCCUCCUGUGACUGACCCAUGGGUUGGGACCCAGAUUUUAGGAAUCUCUGUUCUAGAGCCCUGUGAGGCUGUAAGGCAGCCUGUGGUACUGAAAAUGAAGCCAGUGCAGAAGUGGUAAAGACUGCAGUUCCUUAAGUGUCUGCUAGAGGCUGGCUGCAAGAGCCCUAGAAUAAUUCCAAACUUGUUUUAGCCAUUACCAAAACUGAUCAUUAUACAUAUACUUUUGUUAUUUUAAAAAACACCAAAUGUCUGUUUUUUUUUGUUUUGUUUUGUUUUUUGAGGCUUUAUUACAAAUGUUCAGGCUCACAAUGGGCCCUAAGCAACCACCGACACCUGAUGGUGCUUUGUAUAUUUUGCUGAUAUUUGAAGCUACAUUCUGUUGAUAUGUACAACCGAUAUAACUGAUGUAGGCUAAAUAUUGGCAGAAAUGUUCAGAUCUGCUGAUACAGAUAUUUAACUUUAUAAGCUCGUUAUUGUCUGAUACUGGUGUCAUUUAUCUGUAAUGUCUGCCUCAGCUCUACCUCUUUGUCUGCUAUUAGGUUGACUGAAGGUUAGUUUGAGACAGCAUUUCCAAAAUGGCAACUACCAUGGAUAAGCUUCUAAACUCCAGUUCAAAAACAAAUGAGUGAUGUAACUGACACUAUGCCUGUUUUGAUCAGCCUAUGACUUUGAGCAGCUUCUGAAGGGAAAAUGUAAUAACAUUUCUGAAUCACCCCAAUGAUGGGAUGAGACAGGCCUGUAUUGGCCAAAAAUGUCAUUCUUGAGAAAACAGACUUAUAGCCCUGUAGAUAAGCCUGUAUUAUAUGCUGUUGAAUAAUUGAACCAUUUUAUAUGUGAGCUGAUAGCAUUUUGGUGUCAGUGGCAGAGGAGGGACUACCAGCACUGCAUGGCUCAUUCAUAAUACAACAGCUGGAGAAACUAAGCAUAUCCUCAUGGAAACUAGAGCCUCUUUUUGCAUGACCGGUGGAGGCCACCAGACAAAGGUGCCACUGAAACCACUGGCCGACCUCUGAGGAGCAUGAGUCAUGACCUCAGUGGUGCUGGUCGACACUGGUGGGACGGUGGUGGAGUAUGUCACAGCUGAAGAGGACCUCCAGCAGGAGGGAGAGUGUGAGGCAGACCUGGAGCUUGAGGGAGAGGUAGAGGGAGAGUGUGAAGCUGAGGAAGCCUAUGAAGAAGUACAGGAUAGAGAUGAGGCUGAGGACUACCCAGCAGUCAUAGUAGAGGAGGUACCUGGCGCCAGCCUGACAGAGGAGCAGGGUUACUCGGCACAGGUGGUGGUAUAUGAAGAUGAGGCCUACCUGAUGCAGGAAGUGGGUGAUGAGCAGGAGGUGGAGACAGAUGGGGAGGCAGUGGAGGCUUCUGUCCAUGGAACCAGUGUCCACUGCUCUGACAAGACCUUUGAAGCAGCAGAGGCUCUGCUACGAAUGGAUUCCCCUUCAAGCCACAGGGAAGACAGAAGUCCAGAAGCUUUCCCACCAUGCAUACCGACCCCAGAUUUUCUGCAUGCUGCCAUGCGUCCAGACAUGAUUUCAGAGACUGAGGUAGAGAUAUCUACUGAGGAGUGCUGUGAGGAGGAAGAUGAGGAGAUGGUUACCCUCCUUGAAGAGCCAGACCUAGAGCAUGGCCACGAGCCUGUCAGGAAAAGGAGAGCUGGGCGAAAGCCAAAGACGCAUCAGACAUCGAUUUCAAACGGCUCACCAGACCUUGGCAUCAAAAAGAAACCAAGAGAAGGGAAAGCAGGGAGCACCACCUACCUAUGGGAGUUCUUGUUGGACCUCCUUCAGGACAAGAACACCUGUCCUAGGUACAUUAAGUGGACCCAGAGAGAGAAAGGCAUAUUUAAACUGGUUGACUCAAAGGCUGUAUCCAAGCUGUGGGGCAAACACAAGAACAAACCUGACAUGAAUUAUGAGACUAUGGGACGGGCACUCAGAUACUACUACCAGCGCGGCAUCCUGGCCAAGGUAGAAGGCCAGCGGCUGGUUUACCAGUUCAAAGAGAUGCCCAAAAACAUCGUCAUCAUCGAUGAUGACAAGGUGGACAUGCCAACUCCAGACGAUCUGAUCAGUUCAGAGACAGCUGCAUCCUAUGAGCGUGUGAUGCCCUCACCAGACAUGCUUAUGCCCUCCAAGAAGCCGAAUAUCCUGCGAGGAGGAAACAGAGCCAACGUGGUGCAAACUUCUGUUGCCACAGGCAACAAGAUGGUAACUGGAGGUAGUGCAGCAGUGGCAGCAGGGGUACAGAGGAUAGUAACUGUUUCAGCAUCACCAGAUGGGAGCCAGACUCAGCAGUCUCAAACAGCUAUCAUCUCUAACCCCUCUGGACCCAGGACAGUGCGGGUUGCUAUGCAGGUGCCAGUAGUCAUGACUACGUCACUUGGUCAGAAGAUUUCUACCGUUGCUGUUCAGCAGCCUGCAGGUACAACAGGGGCUGCUGGGCACACAACUCUUCUCACCAACACCUCUGCUAUCGGCGCUGCUGCUGGAAACGCAAACACCCAACAGAAGGUUGUGAUCCAGACGAUCCCCACCAUGGUUCCCGCCACAGCAGAAAAUGGGGACAAGAUCACUGUCCAGUUGGCAAAGAUCAUCACAAUCCCAGCUCACCAGUUAGCUCAAUGCCAGCUGCAGACCACCACAGCCACAAACAAGUCCAGUGUUGGAGCCUCUCCAGCAGGCAUCAGCCUCCUCGGGAGCCCUCUGACAGUGCGGGCCCUAGCGCCUGUUAAUGUUGCUCCUGGAGCGCAAGUCAUGCGACUUACCGUGCCAACGCCAACACAGCCACAGACUCUGGUGGUGUCACAGCCAGGCAGCGGGACAGGGGUGGUGACCGUAUCAGCAGCCAAUCAGACGGUGACAGCACAGCCUCGGAUCAUAAGUGGUGUAAUUAAUGGAUCAGAGCUGGUGAUUGGAGCACCAGCAACUGGAGGAGUUACAGUUGAAAAAUUGAAGGCUGGGGGGGUCCAGGUCCAAGCUGUGCAGAUGCCUAUGAAGGUGGCAGUCCAACAGAACCAGGGGAACCCAAAAACUGUCCAGAGCGUCCAACCAGAGGCCAUAGAUGCUGAAGUGGUUAUCAAACUGGAAACACCUGAUGUGUCAAAGAGAGAGGAGCCAGAGUGCUGAACACAACAUCCAUCUGUUCCUUCUCUGCCACUGAGCGUUAGCUUCUACAUGCCCAUGUUCAUUUUUUACUCUUUGAGUACCAGCAGCAGUCUGUAGGACUUUAAAGACUUCUGAAGGCCCGUUUUUAGUCCUGAACCUGACCUCACUUCUUCCCAGGUGCUGCCUAAAACCGGUCUCCCUCAGGACACAAUUAAACCUCUGUGAGAGUCGUGUAUGGAGUUCAGAACUGUGCUGUGCAGACUAAAAAAGGGACUUUUGGGAAAGGGAAAGGGACCAACCUUGAUCACUACAUAUUAUGCCUUCUAAAUGGAUCUCUGUCACUGACUCGAAUUGGGAAAAAGGAAGGAACCUUGAAAAUAUAAAAAGCUGAAACACUACAAUAGGAGACAAAUAAUUACAUCUAAAACAAAAUGUGAACUAUGAAAAAAAACUAAGUAAGGGUGUAAUAAAGCUUUUGUAGGAACCAUUUGUUUAUGACUUUGUCUCCACUGAUGUUAAAACCAGCAUUUUUUUGUACUUAUAUCACUGUGUAGAUCAAGUGUGGAAGGUGCUACAUGAGUCCUGAAAAAGUGACAGAAAGAAAGAGAAAGUGAAGCUGUGGGAAGCUCUUACUAAGGAAAGAUAUCAGACAGAAAACGGUCAUGUAUGUACAUAUAUACAUAUAUAUUAUCUUCUAUUCAGUUUAUGGAGCUAAAGUUAACAGAACAGCCUUAGAUUUUUUAUUUUCUUUGUAUUGUCUCAGUUAAGAAUUUUGUUUUUGUGUUUUGAUACCUUGUACCAAGCACAGUAUUAUUAAACUAGGGGAACUAAUCCUUAUACUAUAGUUAGUUCCUCUGUCUUGUCAGGCUGUUAAACACUCAUGUAGAUUUAAUCUAACAGGAAAGACAAACAUGCUGCUCUUCAGCAUCUUGAAAAAUUUCUAGUCUUGAAUUUCAAACUUAAUUCACAAAUUUUAUUUUUUGUUUUAAUUUUUGGAUGGAUAAUUCCUCUCGUUACAACCCUGCACUGUCUGGAUGCGUGGAAAUACAGAAAACACGUCCCUGAGCAGAGGCACGACAUAAAAUACGAAUUUGGAUUAAAAAAGGAAUGUUUAUUAGCUCAGAGUCUGGGAUUGAUUAUUGUGGUUUCUAAAAAGAAGAAGCAUAGAAAAGUUAGAAGUUCAUGCAAAAUUUCUGUGAAAAUUAUCAAACCACUGUGGAUUCCAGGUCACUUUAUUUAAAGUGGGUCAAUUUGCCAACAUUACUUUUUAAAGCUAUUUUGUCCCCUUUAUUCUUUUUUUUUUUUUUUUUUUUGGUCUAAAAAAGAGGGAAGCUGUAAAGGUGUGUGUUCAGACUGAACUGUUUGUAUAUUCAACAUUUGAAGUAUAUUCUAUUUUGCUGUACUCUUGUUUCAAAGUGUAUUAGAUUUUACUGAAAUAUAAAAAGA